AUGUCGGUGGAUCAGACGAUCACCGAGCUCAGCGGCACGUUGGCACAGCUCAGCACGCUCGUCGCGCACAUCAACGGACAGAUCUCGGGCAUCACGGGUCGCAUCAACGAGACACUCGACAAUUUCGAUCAGGCCGUCGCGAACCUCGCCAAGGACGCCGGCUCCGUCACGUAUCAAGUGGGCAACACGGUGUCACAGGUGAGAGAGAGACUGGGUCCUGUUCCCAGUGAGUUUCUCAUUUUCAGGUGCCCAACAGCUGGGUGUUCUACCUACUCUUCAUCACACUCAUCGUCGUCUUCCUCCUCCUUUCCGUCGUGCUCCUACUCAAUCUCAUCACAAAAGCGCACGCAAUCUAUUCGAUAAUGAAAAGUUCGGACGACAGUGAGUUGCUCUUUCUGUUCUCGUGCCUAGAAAAUCGUUGUUGUGCAUUCAUUCCCUCUCCCUCCGUCCUCCAACUAUCAAUGAUUUUGUGUGCCGCCAUGAUUCAGUCUUCAUCAGGUUCCGAACGGAUGCUCGUCGAGAAGACACGACGGAGCACUGGCGGAGGCGCUGAUUUCGGAUCGCAGCGGACGCGAAGCUCGAUGCGACACGUGCAGAUUCCGAUGGAGGCCGAGCCGCGGAGGCCCGGCUAUCGAAGAGGUGUGGUGUGCUUGUGUUCGUUGUGUUUUUAUCUACGCUGUAACUGUAACUUUUUCGAAACAUGUAACCAACUUCUACGCACGUUUCGGUUUAACUUCUAUGUUAGAUACCAUUCAUUCCGAACAUUAUAUCUCAGCUCUCUAUGGAGAUAUCAAAAACUUGUCAACUAGGAAAAUGUGCAAAAUCUCUUUCUGAACAUGUUACCAGUUGACGACUUUUUUAUAUCUCCCCCCACAGCUGAGAUACCGCGUCCUGAAUGCAAGACAGUCGAGACCUUUCUCCUAGCCUUGGUGCUAACCAACUAAAUAAACUCAACAACUUUUUGACAUUUCUCAACAAACUGUACACUUUUCAGAGACCAACUCGACCGUCUCAAUUUCGGCGCCCGAGAACAACAACGUGCGACCGUACCAGCGGCGGCCCGACGAGUCCGGAAAGUACGGAGUGGACCCGUCGAGCUCCUCCUCCUCGCGACCCUACUCGACGCGACUCGAAGUCUAA